AAGAAUUAGCUGAGCCCCAAUCCAUUAUAAAGAGCAGAUGUGAUGAGUUGAACCACACAUCAUUCAUCAAAAAGCAUUAUUAUGUCAUACUCACUUAAUUAUGUUAUCGUCCUUUGUCUCCUUGUUGUUUCAUCCUCCCACUAUUUUUUCUUCUUCUCCUUUCUCUUCUUCUCCACACGUUCUUGAGCCGAGGGUCUAUAGGAAACAGCCUCUCUAUCUCUCCAGGUAGGAGUAAGGUAUACGUACAUAUUACCCUCUUCAAAUCCCAUAUGUGAAAUUAUACUGGGUAUGAUGAUGACGACGACGACGACGACGACGACUCACUUAAUUAUGGAAUUGGUUACAAUACUCUUGCUUUUUACCCUUGUGUGUACCCCGAAGUUACGAAUGGCCAAUAUCACUAUAUGAUGUACGUGUUAGAGCCACCUAUUUAUUGUACCAUAAACCGUUGCGAACCCGGCGCCAUGAAACGCUUCUCCGUCCACGGGCUUUGGCCAGCAGAUGUUAGAGGAAAAAGCUUAAAUAACUGUCCAGGACCUUCAACUGAUGAAGACAAAAAAGUAGAUACCAUGUUGGACAUGGACAAAACCUUGGAAGCAGAUCUCGGAGUUAUUUGGCCAAAUUUGGAAUACGGCGGUAUAAACCGAAAUUUCUGGAAAUACCAGUGGGAGAAACAUGGACUGUGUUCAGUUCAGUCACUCUCACUUAUGGAUUAGUUCAAGGCAUCA